GAACUGCCCGGGACAGAGAGAUAGGGAGCUGUCCGAGCGCACACCCCCCGCAGGGGGACCUGGUGCGGGGGCGGGAGGCGGCUUACACGGCACAGCGCUGCUGCUCAGGCCCGCCCUGGAAUGGCCGUGAACUUGUUGUUUUUCCACGUCAUUUGCUCUCAAAUGUGCUAUCGGGCCAGGCGAUGCUAACCCUGUGGCUGCAGGUCCCUCCUCGUAACAAGCGAUUGUGUGUUCUUCAGAGGUGGCCACGGGGAGGAGGGGGCCCGGCCCGCGGAGGUGGGGGAAAGGGAAACAAACCGCUCCUUUACAGUGAGCUUGCGUGUCCCGGAGCCAGCUCCCCCCCAAAGCACAUGCCAUUUCUGGCCCUUGAAGGGGUUAAAAGGCCUCCUGGAGUCAAAAACAAGCAGGUGUCCCACCGUGCCAGAUACGCCGCCUAAACCGCUUCCAGCUUUUUUUUUUCCCCUUCUGCAACAAGUCUGUGAUCAGCCACGGGACAGAGGAGCCAGCAGCCCGCCUGUGACAGGCAUCAGGUUAGCUCGCUCCCACUUGGGUGGCGCGCCCAGGAUAUAAAUCCAGGCUCGGGCCCCCGCCGCGGCUCCUCUCCCUGCACACUCAGGAGAGGGAGUUUCCUUGCGAAGACCUUUCCUUUAUCUGAAGCCGCACGGCCCAGCGGGCUGCACUGACUUGUUGGAGGCAGCCGGAGGCAGCCCCACCGAGGAAGCCUGCUGGGGUGGCGGGGAGGGCAGGUGUCUGUAGCCCAGAGAAGGAGAAGGCCCUGGGGGGCCCCAGCCCCUGGCCUCGUCCCAGGGGAGGUCUCUAGCCACCAUAGACCGCAUCAUGUGGGCCCCGGGGUGCUGCCGGCUCUGGUCCCGCUGGGCGCAGGUGACAGUGUUGCUUCUGCUGCUGGGGGUGCCCCUGAGAGGCCUGGCAGUGCCACCCAUCCGCUACUCUCACGCUGGCAUCUGCCCCAACGACAUGAACCCCAACCUCUGGGUGGACGCCCAGAGCACCUGUAAGCGGGAGUGUGAGACGGACCAGGAGUGUGAGACCCCCGAGAAAUGCUGCCCGAACGUGUGCGGGACCAAGAGCUGCGUGGCCGCCCGGUACAUGGACGUGAGAGGCAAGAAGGGCCCGGUGGGCAUGCCCAAGGAGGCCACAUGCGACCACUUCAUGUGUCUGCAGCAGGGCUCCGAGUGUGACAUCUGGGACGGCCAGCCCGUGUGCAAGUGCAAAGAUCGUUGUGAGAAGGAGCCCAGUUUCACGUGUGCCUCCGACGGCCUCACCUACUAUAACCGUUGCUACAUGGAUGCUGAGGCCUGUUCUAAGGGCAUCACGCUGGCCGUCGUCACCUGCCGCCACCACUUCACCUGGCCCAACACCAGUCCCCUGCCGCCCGAGACCACCGUGCGCCCCACCACGGCCUCCCCGGAGACCCCCGGGCCGGAUAUGGUGGCCCCCGCUCUGCUCAACCACCCCGUGCACCAGUCGGUCACCGUGGGCGAGACGGUGAGCUUCCUCUGCGAUGUGGUGGGCCGGCCCCGGCCCGAGGUCACCUGGGAGAAGCAGCUGGAGGACCGGGAGAACGUGGUCAUGCGGCCUAACCACGUGCGCGGCAACGUGGUGGUCACCAACAUCGCCCAGCUGGUCAUCUAUAACGCCCAGCCCCAGGACGCUGGCAUCUACACCUGCACGGCCCGGAAUGCCGCCGGGGUCCUGCGGGCCGACUUCCCGCUGUCAGUGGUCAGGGGGGGUCAGGCCGCGGCCACCUCGGAGAGCAGCCCCAAUGGCACGGCCUUCCCCACGGCCGAGUGCCUGAAGCCCCCCGACAGCGAGGACUGUGGCGAGGAGCAGACCCGCUGGCACUUCGACGCGCAGGCCAACAACUGCGUCACCUUCACCUUUGGCCACUGCCACCGCAACCGCAACCACUUUGAGACCUACGAGGCCUGCAUGCUGGCCUGCAUGAGUGGGCCGCUGGCCGCGUGCAGCCUGCCCGCCCUGCAGGGGCCCUGCAAGGCCUACGCGCCUCGCUGGGCCUACAACAGCCAGACGGGCCAGUGCCAGUCCUUCGUGUACGGCGGCUGCGAGGGCAACAGCAACAACUUCGAGAGCCGCGAGGCCUGCGAGGAGUCCUGCCCCUUCCCGCGGGGGGACCAGCGCUGCCGGGCCUGCAAGCCCAGGCAGAAGCUCGUUACCAGCUUCUGUCGGAGCGACUUCGUCAUCUUGGGCCGGGUGUCCGAGCUGACCGAGGAGCCCGACUCGGGUCGCGCCCUGGUGACCGUGGACGAGGUUCUAAAGGAUGAGAAGAUGGGCCUCAAGUUUCUGGGCCGGGAGCCGCUGGAAGUCACCUUGCUCCACAUGGACUGGACCUGCCCCUGCCCCAACGUGACGGUGGGCGAGACGCCGCUCAUCAUCAUGGGCGAGGUGGACGGCGGCAUGGCCAUGCUGCGGCCUGACAGUUUCGUGGGAGCGUCCAGCAGCCGGCGGGUCAGGAAGCUUCGCGAGGUCAUGCACAAGAAGACCUGCGACGUCCUCAAGGAGUUUCUGGGCUUGCACUGAAGCCCCGGCCCCUCCCCGACCCCCUCCCUGGCCCUCGUCCACCCACCCGCCCCCGACGCCCCUUGGUCCAAAAGCUGGGCAAGGUCAGGUUAGACGGUCUUAGGCCAGCAGGGAAACAGCAAUCGGUGAAAAAUGGUAGAAAAAAAUGGCACCAGAGGUUCUUAGAUCAACUAGUCUUUGGGUUCAGUAAGGGGCCCGUAUUUUCUUUAGCUGAGGGGGACAAAAGGAGAAGCCUGUAGACGCACAUUAUUCCUGGUGACCAGUCUGCUUGUGUGGAUGACCCUCUCUCUGCUGGCCAGCCCCCUCCGCUGGCUCCCCCUGUCCCCAGCUGGCUCCCAUCCAGGGGUCCAGAGAGGGCAUCUGCACGGUGGUCACCGGAAUCACGGAAUGGAUUGGUCUGCAAAAGGGGUAGGUGGGGAGAAAAGGAGGGCCCAGGGACUCGUUGGACAGAUUCCCCACAGCCGCUAUGGGCAGAAACUGCUUCACGUGAGGGCUUGUGGGAAGUGGGAAGGGCAAGGCAUGGUCUGACCCAGCACACAGCUGGCCCUGAGGUGGCGGUCAGCCCGUGCCUCGGCCAAAUUGGCUCUGUGGUCCCUGAGGCCACCUUGGCACCAGCAGAAUACACGUGUUCCGUGUUUCACCUCGGCUUUAUUGAUUGGUUUAUUGACGGUCGAUUUACGAAUUCAGCUCUGUUCAGUCCAACUCAGUGGGCGCUUUGUGAACGCUGUCUGGGUGCCAGGUGCUAGGGCACAGAGAGGUAUUAGUCACCGCCCAGCUCCUAGUUGGCUGAACGUGAAUGUCCAGAUCCCAGGGCUCCCACCCCCACCCCCACCCGGCCCGAAGCAGACCCAUGGCUGGCCCUCCCCAUUUGCAUCUGCCACUGGCUCCCUCGGACAGAAAGCAGAUAGAAGCCCCAGGAUCUGUCCUGGUGGGAAGGGAACUAUAGGAAGAGGAAAAGUCGGGGUUGGGGGGAGUGGGUAAGUGAAAGACCAAGAAGGGAAGGAGGAGGGGAGACCCGCCUGGGAAAGAAAAGGAAUGUUACUCGAUGCUUCCAUCUGGUGGUGGCCUUGGGAGCUGCAGGGACCUGAGGAAAGCUCUAGGUGCAGCCCGGCAGGGCAGGUUUGGGGAUGUGACAGCUUGUUGGUGACUUCGUGUUUCUGGACUUCCUGAACAGGACCAGCCACCCACCCCCCACCACCACACACACACGCUAAAGGACUUGAGAAAGCCACCGUCAGCUCUACAUCUGCCCCCCAUCCCUCCUCAGCCCUUCAUUCUGUCCUGGCCCCUCCAAAGCUGAAGAAGGUCAUUGUGGAGCCUUCCUCAAAUGUAGGGAGGAAGAUUCCAAUUAAAAGCUCAUAGUAUCAAAA